AUGAACGGGCUGUCACCAUGCGCUGUCAAAUGUUGGGAGGAGAGCUCUUCAGUCGCCGGAUGUCCACUUACAGACACCAAAUGCCAAUGCGUUGAAAAGAAGAUGGUCGUGCACGUAUCGGCCUGCGUAAUGUACAACUGCACCUACGAAGACAGAAUCGAAUUAGCUAGGGCAUGGGCGAAAAGAUGUAAUCCACCUCACAACAACCAUAAUGCCGCGUUAAGAGCGGCGGCGAUUGUGAGUGGCACUGUCGCCUUUCUUAUGGUUGGGAUUCGCAUAGUGGCAAGGCUAUGCACCGUUCGAUUUUGGUGGGAUGACUGGUGUCAUAUCACCGCUGGGAUGCUUGCCAUACCACUUACCAUCUUCACCAAUCUCUGUGUUACCGAUGGCAUGGGAUACCGUUUGUACGAUAUCAAAUUCUCAUCAAUGACUCAAGCUCGGAAUCUCUUCAUCUGGUAUUAUAUUGCCGAAAUAUUCUAUUGCGUGGAAAUCUACUUUAUCAAAAUGUCCAUCCUCUGCCUCUACAUCCGAAUAUUUCCCGAGACCUCCCAUCCAUACUUCAUCACCACGAUGGUCCUGUUGACUGCAUCUCUCAUAAUUCUCCUCCCAAUGAUCAUCUGGCAAUGCGUGCCAAUCCACGCCAUCUGGGAUCUUCACCGCAGUGACGCAAGAUGCCUCAGUGUAUCCGGAGUGGCCUAUGCAAACGCAGCCGUGAACAUCGCAACGGAGGUCGCAAUUCUAAUUCUUCCUCUACCUUUACUUCAAAGGCUCCGUGUUUCGAAAUCGACGAAAGGCGCCUUGUUCGCAAUCUUCGGCACCGGAAGUCUGUACGUCCAACAAAAUCCCCCCAGAAAGACAGUCCUAACACUUCUUGAAGAGUAA